CUGACAGCACGAUCACUGCCUUCCAUACAGUCUGAUGAGAGACUUCAACCUCUGCUUAAUCAUCUCAGCCAUUCUUACGUUGGCCCGGAUUACAGUGUCCAAAAGAACACUGGAAAAAUUUCUCUAGAGCAGAUCGAUGCUCUGUCUGUGAAGUCCUUCCCUCUCUGCAUGCGGCAGUUGCACAGAGCCCUCCGUGACAACCACCACCUCCGGCACGGGGGCCGCAUGCAGUACGGGCUGUUCCUGAAAGGCAUCGGCCUCACUCUGGAACAGGCACUGGAAUUCUGGAAGAAAGAAUUUAUCAGAGGAAAAGUGGAUGCAGAUAAGUUUGACAAAGGAUAUGCUUACAGCAUUCGYCACAACUAUGGGAAAGAAGGAAAGAGGACUGAUUACACCCCAUACAGYUGCAUGAAGAUUAUCAUGUCCAAUCCACCAAGUCAAGGGGAUUAUCAUGGGUGCCCAUUCCGCCACAGUGAUCCCGAGCUACUGAAGCAAAAGCUGCAGUUAUACAAGAUCCCUCCCAGUGGAAUARCUCAGAUCCUGGAGCUGGUGAAGGGAAUGCAUUUCCAACUGGCCUGUCAGAAAUACUUCGAGUUGACCCAUGAUGUUGAUGACAUUGGGUUUUCUUUGAAUCAUCCUAAUCAGUACUUUACAGAGAGUCAGAAGCUAUURAAUGGUGGUAGAGAGCUGAAGAAGGAAUUAAACAACUCAGCAAACUUUCAACAAAAAAAUAAUAGUCAGGAAAGUGUAAAUUCAAGUUCUACUCCCACUUCUUCAAGUGCAACAACUGAUCCAGAACUGGAAGGACUGGAAGCAUACUUUACUGAAGACUAAGCAGCUGUGUUACUUGGGUGUUAUUUGUGUUAUUUUUCCUUUCUUUCAUUCUUUCCCUUCUCUAUUGGAUUUAUCCCUAUAUGGRGUAUGCACUUCACCACCGGGAAGACACAAACAUUUAGUCCUUUGAGUAAGCUGAAAAAAAGAAAGAUAGAAAGAUAGCUAUUGAAGCUGUAAUUGCAUCCAGUACUUAUUCUUGCUGCUUUAGGAAGCUGUUUUAUAUGGAGUGUUUAUGGAUGGGAAAUGAAAUUUUCUUCCUAAUUAUUAGGUAAUUUUUGUCUGACUUACUUUUUUGUUUUCUUCAAAAUGUUCAAAUAKUUUUAUCCCCUUUUAUGGUCACUUUUCUAUGUAUCGCCUUAAUAAAAAACUAAAAAUAAAAAAUUGUGA